UGUAGUCAUCGUUGUGUCGAAAUCAAAUCAUGGUCACAUAAGAACUGUCUACCAUCAUACCAUGGCGUUCCAUAGGCUUCUAAUGUAAUGCUUAUAUCGCAUACGGAUGUACACGUAUGGUUAACGUACGCGAAGAUUCGAGUAGGAGUUAGAACUUAGACUUUUGCCCUUAGAAAAUUAUUUUGAUUCAUGCUUGAUAUAUGAAUGUCAACAUGUCGAGAACAAAGAAAUUACUAAGCAGACCUGAACUUCCAAGUCUUGAUGAAAUCACUAAAGACUUGGAAUCGGCGCCGAGCGAUGAUGUCGCGUUUACAUUCUUGAAGAAGGACAUUACCGAUACAGCUGGUGCUGCGCUUGGCGGGAUUCCUCAUCAGGAUUCCCAUUCAAAAUCAAGAGAUUUCCUCCCCUCCGGUGAAUCUUCAGCCAGGGUCGCACUGGAUACAUCCAAAUCUUUUGAGUCAGCUGCCAAAAGACCCAGACAGGAAUCCAGCAAAUCAGUGUCGUCUAGUGCAAGGAAGUCUGAAGAACAACUGGAGCAAAGCAAGGAAGAAAGGGAGAUCGAAGACUGCUAUCAGAAGGUCCUGAAGUUCUUGGAAAUGAACUCUUAUCUUAGAGGCUCACAGGAGAAGAUGUCGCAGCAGUGCGCAGACUUACAAGAAUUAGGACAGACUGUCAAGGAUCAGAUUGAUUCCCUAAGAACUCGGCUUCACACUUCAUAGUAUGGUAUCUAUCUACUUCCCGGAACAGAAUUUUUAAGGCUUGGUCCCACUGCAUUUACAGAUGUAAAACGGAAAAGAAUCUUGCCAUCCGUUGGAAAACGCUAUGUAUCCAUUGUGUACUCAAUGCAUACAUGUUUCAUACACUCUAUAUCCAUCAAGCAUCCGUCCACUGUGAUUUCAUUGUUCGCCCAUUUUUUCCAUUGUCUAUCAUCUGUAGGGGAUGAAAAUGUAUUGAGCCACCCCGAUAUUUUGCUUGUCCGCUGUAUCCGUUGUGAGUACAUCUUGUGUCCGUCGGCCAGUGGGACCAGGCCUUUACGUCUUCACUGACAAUCGUAUGUUUACUAGAAAGACCUUAACUUAUUACUACUGAUGCUGUAAAAGUUUCAUCCAUAACACGGGUGAUAUAUUUCAGUGUAAAAAAACAUAAACAGAGUUUUUCUCUUUGAUGCAUGUAUUUUCAUUUUGCUGAGUUGUAAGUUCUUGCAGGGCACAAUGCUUUUGAAAAUUGGGGAAAUGAGAACCAUCAAAAGGUUUUGUAGAGCUCUGCUCUUUCAACAUAAAAUGUCUGUAGGUGAAGUACACUCUAUAAACUAGUGUUCCACUGCUUCAUUUUCUGAUUCCAGUCAUUGAAGCUAGUCAAGUUGUUACUAUCAACGACAAAUUGUCAAAUAGAUGUCAUGAUUUCAAUGGCCUAUAACAGCUGCAAAUAACCUUUUUUUAUGGACAGCCAGGUGAUCAGAUGUUUGUUUUUAGCCGAGUUUCCUCUCUAUAGUGUGUUCAUGUAUCAUCCUUAACUUUUUAUCUGUAAUGUAAACAGAUGGUCAAAAAAUUAUGACUGGUACUGUACCAACCAGUAUUAAAGCUAACUACCAAUAAUUGGUGGAAGUACUGUAUGAUAUUGAGUAUGUAUUUAUCAUGAUAAUUCAAUUAAUUUAUGGGACAGGCCUAAUUCACACUUUUGAUUGAUCGUAAAAAAUCAAACGUUUAACGUAGACCUAUCCCCCAUGGUCUAACCCAUUUUAUUUACAAGUUAUUGCCAUAAACAUGUCAUUUUGCCCAUCAUGUAAUUGUUUUUUCUUAUCCACUUGGUUGAGCAAAAUAUAGUCUAUCUGAUAUAAUCUAGAGACUGGUAAUAGGCAGAAAUGCCAUUAAAAAAACAUAAAUAAUGAAAACUUAGUAAACAAUUGAAAUGGCAAUAGGACCUAAGUUUUUUCAUCUGUACCAAAAUCCGAAGUGGGUGUAACAAAGUGAUGAUUGGACUGAAAAAGAAAUGAGACAAAUGUGAAUAAUAUCAAUUGGGCGAAGCUGCUUAACUUCAGCCAUAGUGGUGUGAAACAAUCUAGGAAGUAGGCAAAGUAGUUAUGAAUGAGAUUGUGCUUGUGGAAAUGGCAUAGACAAAAUUUAGAUGUGUAACGAUAUAUUGUGUAUUGGUACUAAAAUUUGUGCAAUCAUGAAAUUUGCCCACCAGGCAUUCCUUUUAUCUGGUGGAAACACAAGUGAUUGUGUAGCUGAAAAGUAUCUCUCUGUUGAGUUCUAAAGUGCCUCAAUCUCAAAGUAGAUUUCAAGUAAAAUAAUAGGCUAUAUAGUAUUCUACAACAUUCUAUAUAUGCAUGUACAAAAUAGUUUUCAAGUGGUCAAAGUAUAGUGCAUAUCAUUGAUCUAAAGUACAUUUGUAUGCUGUAACUGUGUAUUAAUCGUACAUGUACUCUGUUCUAUUUUCUCAUUUUCACAGGGGAAUCCAACCCAAAGGGAAAGUUGGUUUAAUAGAAAGGGGAAAUUUCAUAGAAACAAAAUUUGACAUAAAAAUAGUAGGAAAAAUUUCAAUUUUUAGUCACUAUCCCUGUAAGGAUUUUGAACUGGCCAUCAUUGUGAUGUAGAGUAGGGACCAACUUCUACAUUUGCUUUAAUACACAAAAUGACUGAAAUGUCAUGUUUCUCCAAAUUUAUACUCACUAUGCUCUUCUUUUUUAUAUCAAAUCUAGUAAAUAGGAGAAUUGUCCUUGUCAGUUGUAACAAACUACUCACCAAGUUGCCAAUUUAAAAUUUACAGUUUAAAUGAUCUUGUUUUUUAACCUUCAAAACUUUCUUGUUUCUUAUUAUUUUUCUCCACCUCACACUACAGUAUUAUUGUAUUUCCAUCGUUGGAUUUCCCUUCAGCUACAAGCAUGACUUUUCAAAGGGGGUCAGGGAAAAUAUACACAGGGGCUGAAGUUGAUUUAGCCCCUGAAAUGGUCAAAAGUAAGUUGCGAAAAAUAAAUUGAAUUAAAGUGAAUUGAGAUUUAGUGUUGAAUGUAUAAUGUAACAAAAUAUGUGUACCCCUUGUUUGAAUGGAAUAAGACCAUUAAAACUUUGAAAACGAUUUUGCAGACUCUCUGAAUCAAGUGUCACUUGAAUUAAGUGUGGGAUAAUUUUAUUCCCUUGCAUGUAAUAAGUUAUUCAUUAAAUACUUUUAAAAUUUUGUUUUAAA